AUGGUUUCGCACAGCUUCAUGGUGACAAACAGUCGCAGACGGGUUCAAGCCCAACCCCCUCGCCGUCCAAAGGUGACCCUCAGCAAGGAGGCUCGUGCAGCCAUAACUGCCCAACGUUGCAAUAAAUCCCAUCAGUUUAGGGUAGCUCUUCACAAUGCUUGGGAUGAGCUCGACGAGACUAUGAAGACCAUUGCGUCCUCGCACCAUAAGAGUUUCUGUCGUGUCCAGAACGACUUAUGCAUGGGCCGUGGGAUGUUACACUACCAACGCUCUAAGUUGAGCGCAUGGAACGUGUUCUGCUGGAAGAAGCGCCAUGAAGACAAGGGAAAUGGGACCGCAGGCAAGGCUGUAUUGCAAGAUCUCGUUGGGGAUGAGAACCGUGCUGAAUAUCGCAACCUCACAGACGACAAGAAGGCACAGCUUUUGCAGGAGUACCAUGAACACAAGGAGACGAAGACUACCGGCAUCCGUAUCUCGACAAAAUCAAAAGUCAACGAUGUAACGCAGACACUCAAGGCUGUCGAGAACGAGCUCAAGAACUUACGGACGCGUACAGGCGCCAAGAGUAUCCUCUACACCACGCGUGGCUCUACGGAUCUCCCCCUCCGUGGUAUUGCUUUUGCAACUGAAGGCGUCAAUGAGUUCAUGGGCUCUGUGAUGAAUAUCGAUGACCAGGACCUUGUGAGUAAAAUGGAGAGGUUUGCUGUCCAGGGGAUGAAAGGCGCUGCGAGGAACCACCAAAAACGCACGUCGGAUAUUCGGAGCGCAAUCCGCCAGGAAAUCAAUAAGACACUUUCACGGAUGCACUGGGCACACUACUGGUGGAAUAUUGUCCAGCACUACCUUGUUGUCAUCGAAGGUUGGCCCCAAAAUGUUCCUUUUGUCAACCUUAGCACGGUAUCCAGUGCCCUACCUGAUUUGGAGAUGCUUUUGGACAAAUGGGAGACUGGAGAAAUCCAUUGGAAGCAUCUGGACGAAGAUGAGUAUGAGAAACUUUGUCAAGAAUGUCGUGAGAAGGUCAGCAGCGGCGAGGUCAUCGAAAAACGCCGCCAGACUUGCUCUGAUAAAGGAAAGAAGCGCGAGCAGCCUUCAGACCAUUCCAGUCACCACAGGAAGACAUAUAAGAGUGCUCAAACUGUCAUAAGUGAUGACAAGUCAGACAUCCCUGGCAAUACAGCCUUCCGCGAGCAUACACCUGCUGGCUGUCAUAUCCCGUAUUCCGGACCUACAUCCGACAAUAUUCCCACGCCUCAUCCGGACCUUCGGACACCCUAUUCAUGUCUCCAGUCCUCUAUCCAUCCGGAUCCCUGCACCCCUGCACAUCCACAUCCACAUCCACAUACAUUUACCUCCAUACCUCAAUCCACGCGUCUCAUCCGGAUGUCCGGUCCGGUCCGGUCCGAUCCGAUCCGAUAUACGAUAAGCUUCCUAAUUCAAUUCCUGUGCAUAUAACGUUAACACAGCCUAUUCCUCUAUUCGGCAUUCCUUGUCCUCGGUAUCUCGGUUAUACUUACUACCGGUAUGCUUACUGAUCCGUUAACCUAUGCUUCAUUUCCGAC